UCAACAGAGAUACAUGACCGCCAAGCGACAUGACACUUAAUUUGAUAAAAACAUUUUUCGUAUCUUGCUUUGUUAUAAAUAUUGUAAGUGCUCUGAGUGACCUAAAAAAAGAAAACGAAAUUGAAGGUAAGGUCGUAGUCAUUACGGGAGCAGCACAAGGUAUCGGUUAUGCUAUAGCUGAUAACUUUUUGAAAAACGGUGCAAAAGUCAUAAUUAUACUGGACAUAAAUGUGCCAAAAGGUAUACAAGCUGCGAAAGAGUUAAAUUGUAAGUACGGAAAGAAUAAAGCUGAGUUUAUUGAAUGCGAUAUCACUAAAGAUUUGGAAAGGAUUUCGAAAAUUAUUUAUAAGAAAUACAAAUACGUGGAUGUACUAGUUAACAAUGCAGGAAUAUUUAAAGAAAUUAAGCCAAGGAAACUCCUGUUGACAAACGCAGUAGCUACUAUUGAAUUUUCUCUCAAGUUCAUGGAAAAUAUGAGAAAAGACAAACUAAGUGGAAAAGGCGGUACUAUAAUCAACAUAGCAUCGACAGUAGUGCAUUACAUUGAUCCUUUCUUUCCUACAUACAGAGGAACGAAAUUUGCCAUCAUGGGAUUCUCACGAUCUCUAGGACAUGAAUACAACUACAAAAAGAACGGUGUGAGAGUACUAACAAUAUGUCCCGGAGAAACAAAUACAACACUGGGGUUAGAUAAUUCCAAUGUAAAUAGUGAAGACGCAGCAGCUCUUGCUAAAGAAUAUCAAUAUCAAAUUAUACAAUCUCCCGAUAAUGUAGGGAAAGGAGCUGUAGAAAUAUUCAAAAACGCUAAAACUGGUACGUCUUGGGAUGUCGAAAAUGAAAAACCUCCUGUUGAGUCGACUGAUACUAUAAGACUUUUAAAAAUUGGUGAAAGCCUGUGAUCUUGAUAUUUAAAUUUGUAUCACGAUAAAUUAGUUUGAUCUGUUUUACGCAUAAUUCUUGAAUAAUUCGAACGAUGAUUAAAUACAAAUAACAUUUAGC